CGCUCAUCCGCCAGAGCUGCAGACCACCUGCUUCUGCCGUGUAAGCCACGGUCUGCGGGACCUGGUGAGGCAGUCUUGGCGAACUGCUGGCGGUGAGGAGAAACACGGCACACAGCGGCGCCCCGGAGUUCAGGAGAUUAUGAUGCAUCAUUCUCACAGAAGAAAUUCGUGUCUAUAGCUUUUAAGGACUGAUUACAUCAUUUCCAAGCCUGAUAGUUUUGGAGUCACCAUUAGAGCUUAAGACACAUCUGCCGUCACUUCAGCCACCUGUCUUCACCUGACACAGUGCUGGGCAUCGACACGCCUUUGUUCUUGGAUUGUUUGCAGAAAUACGGUUCUCACCACUGGAGCAGCUAAAUUUAUAAGAAAAAAUGAUUCCCAAUGGAUAUUUGAUGUUUGAAGAUGAAAAUUUUAUCGAGUCUUCUGUUGCCAAAUUGAAUGCCCUGAGGAAAAGUGGACAGUUCUGUGAUGUUCGACUUCAGGUCUGUGGCCAUGAGAUGUUAGCACACAGAGCAGUGCUGGCUUGCUGCAGCCCCUAUUUAUUUGAAAUCUUUAAUAGUGACAGUGAUCCUCAUGGAGUUUCUCAUGUCAAAUUUGAUGAUCUAAACCCGGAAGCCGUUGAAGUCUUGUUAAACUAUGCCUACACUGCUCAGUUGAAAGCUGAUAAGGAAUUAGUAAAAGAUGUUUAUUCUGCAGCAAAAAAGCUGAAAAUGGAUCGAGUAAAGCAGGUUUGUGGUGAUUAUUUGCUGUCUAGAAUGGAUAUAACCAGCUGUAUCUCCUACCGAAAUUUUGCCAGUUGUAUGGGAGACUCCCGUUUGUUGAAUAAGGUUGAUGCUUACAUUCAGGAGCAUUUGUUACAAAUUUCAGAAGAGGAGGAGUUUCUUAAACUUCCACGGCUAAAGUUGGAGGUAAUGCUGGAAGAUAAUGUUUGCUUGCCCAGCAAUGGCAAAUUAUAUACAAAGGUAAUCAACUGGGUGCAGCGUAGCAUCUGGGAGAAUGGAGACAGUCUGGAAGAGCUGAUGGAAGAGGUUCAAACCUUGUACUACUCAGCUGAUCACAAGCUGCUUGAUGGGAACCUUCUAGAUGGACAGGCUGAGGUGUUUGGCAGUGAUGAUGACCACAUUCAGUUUGUGCAGAAGAAGCCACCACGUGAGAAUGGCCACAAGCAAAUCAGUGGCAGCUCCACUGGAUGUCUGUCUUCUCCCAGUGCUGCCACGCAAAGCCCUAAGCAUGAGUGGAAAAUCGUUGCUUCGGAAAAGACUUCAAAUAACACUUACUUGUGCCUGGCUGUGCUGGAUGGUAUAUUCUGUGUUAUUUUCCUUCACGGGCGAAACAGCCCACAGAGCUCACCAACAAGUACUCCAAAACUAACUAAGAGUUUAAGUUUUGAGAUGCAACCAGAUGAGCUAAUAGAAAAGCCUAUGUCUCCUAUGCAGUACGCACGAUCUGGUCUGGGGACAGCAGAGAUGAAUGGCAAACUCAUAGCUGCAGGUGGUUAUAACAGAGAGGAAUGUCUUCGGACGGUUGAAUGCUAUGAUCCACAUACAGAUCGUUGGUCCUUCCUUGCUCCCAUGAGAACACCACGAGCCCGAUUUCAGAUGGCUGUACUCAUGGGCCAGCUCUACGUGGUGGGUGGGUCGAAUGGCCACUCUGAUGACCUAAGUUGUGGAGAGAUGUAUGACCCAAACAUAGAUGACUGGACUCCUGUUCCAGAAUUAAGAACUAACCGUUGCAAUGCAGGAGUGUGUGCUCUCAAUGGAAAAUUAUAUAUCGUUGGUGGCUCUGAUCCAUAUGGCCAAAAAGGACUGAAAAAUUGUGAUGUCUUUGACCCUGUAACAAAGUUGUGGACAAGCUGUGCUCCUCUUAACAUUCGUAGACACCAGUCUGCAGUCUGUGAGCUUGGAGGUUAUUUGUAUAUAAUCGGAGGUGCAGAGUCUUGGAAUUGUCUGAACACAGUAGAACGUUACAAUCCUGAAAAUAACACCUGGACUUUAAUUGCACCCAUGAAUGUGGCGAGGCGGGGAGCUGGAGUAGCUGUUCUUGAGGGAAAACUGUUUGUCGGUGGUGGCUUUGAUGGUUCUCAUGCCAUCAGCUGUGUGGAGAUGUAUGAUCCGGCCAGAAACGAGUGGAAGAUGACGGGAAACAUGACUUCACCAAGGAGCAACGCUGGGAUCGCAACUGUGGGAAACACCAUUUAUGCAGUGGGAGGGUUUGAUGGCAAUGAGUUUCUGAAUACGGUGGAAGUCUACAAUCUUGAGGCAAAUGAGUGGAGCCCCUACACAAAGAUCUUCCAGUUCUAACAAACCCUCUGAAACUAACAGGCUUAGUGAUGUAAUUGUGUUCAGUAGAGGCACAUUUGUGAAUAAGGAGGGUGGGUGGGAUUGGACGUUGCUAAAGGCAACACAGAGCUUUUGCAUAUUGCAUACUUUAACUUUUCAUUUGGAAAGGAGUGCAGAGAGGAAGAUCUGUUUCGUGUAUUUUUAAGAUUUCCUUGGUUGUUUUACUUAUUGGAAGUUGAUACUGUAAAAGAAUAAAUUGAGAAUUGAUUGGGCACAUCUUUUCAAGUCCCCUCUCCACGUUGGUUUUGCCGGCUUGCGCACUUUGACUCAUAAGCUCUGUAUUAUGGGACAGCGGGGUAGGGUUUAAAGAUGUAAGCAGAUUUUUUUUGUUUUUUUUAAGGGCCCUUUUCCAAUAACUGGAACACUCUAACAAAUUCUUAUUUAACUAGAUGACAGUAAAUAUUUUUGUUCUUAUUAAAGGAAAGUUGACAUGCGUAUCAAAUCUUUAAUCCUUUAUUGUCGCCUUUUUGUAGCUUUUCAUAUUCUCGGCAGAGUGCUUUACCUGUUGAAGUACAAAGUGGCAAAUCGAACUCACCAAGCAUGCAGACUGAGGCUUUUCUUUUAAAUACCCAAAAUACAGGCUUUGCCUCGGCAGUCUUUUUUUUUUUCUUUUUUGAGAAUGCAGUGCUGGGGUAUUUGAAUGGAAUUGCUAACCAGUGCAUAGCUGUGAGGUUCAUGGGUGAAACACUGGUUUGAAUUACUGCUUAUUGAGAGUAUAUUUUAUAUAGCAAUACAUUUAAUACUUGGUAGUUAAGAACAGUGAGUACUUUGUCUUCUGAUAAUUCCCGCUUUCUUCAUUUGUCAUUGGCAAUACAAUCCUGAAUGGUAGCUCUCAGUUGUGACAAGUUACUAAAGCUGUCCUGAGUGUGUGAAUGGAGCCUUUACUUAUCAGAACUGUGGGAUAAUCUGGGUGGGGUGCCUUGGUGUCUUGUGCGGGUGCUAUGCACCUACUUCAGGGCACCGCAGUGACGGCGUCCUUCAUGCUUGCUGCUGAUGCAAACACAUUAAAGGUUUCUUGCAAGAAAUGCA